GUGAUCGCAAAAGAUUCUCUUCGGGGUAUUGGCCGUCACCAUUACUGUGUUAGCUACUGCUAGAAAAAAUUAGUGUCCACAUAAAUAUCUUCCCUUUCUGGCUGCAAUAACUGAGAACUGAGUUCUUAUUACAAAACAGAAAAGCUAAAAAGAAGAUCAAAUGGUUGUUCUCACCCACCAAUUUAUACACCCUUUCCGUCUUCCUCUUUCUCCACCACCAUCAUCAAGAAUCUCAAAAACUAAACAUAACUCCAUUAUCAUCACUUCCUCAUCUUCACCCAUGGACACACCUCAAACCAACCAUCUAAAAUUCAUGGAUUUUCCUCAUCUUUCAAUCUCAAACAAAAAUCUCAUGGUAGACUUAGUUUCAAACAUGGAGAAUACCCUUUCACCUGAUCUUCUCCCUUCUUCUCUCCCCCCUGAAGUUCAAUACUUCGAAAACAGCUCAGCUACUUCUCAAGGUACUCUUCAUAUCAGGUCUGGCACUAACAGUUCACUGGUGGAUUGUAUACUUGGAAGUUGGAUUCAUUGUGGACUUCCAAAUGGAGGAGCAUUAGAUAUUUCAACACUCACCGCUUAUCUCAACAGCAAAACAGAUGCACCACGUUUCCUCAUUGAAUUCCUUCAAAAUUCUCCAAAUUCACUCAUUUUGAUUCUCGAUUUACCACCUCGGAAGGAUUUAGUGAUCAAUCCUGAGUACUUACAAACAUUCUACCAAGAAACCCAUUUGGAUGAAUUAAGAAAAAAACUGCUGGAACUAUCAGAAAUCCGACCUUACAUUUCUUCUUCACUUUACAUUCGAGCUCUCUCAUCUCCUACAGUUAUAUCCGUUAGUAUUGACUGUGAAUCAGGUGGAGCUGCACGCUUGGAAGAGAUUAUACAGGAUCAUGUUGGACCAAUUGCUAAGGAUAUGUUGGAGGUUUGGUUGAAUCAGUGUGUUGGUAUAGAGAGAGGAGUAGAUGAAUCGGAAAAGGUUGAAUUGAAGAAAAGGGAUGUUUUGAUUAAGAAAAAGACAGUUGAGAUGGAUCUUGCUUCUAGUUUACCAAGAUUGUUUGGUCAGGAUGUAGCUGAUCUUGUCAUCAAAGCAAUUGAGAAGGCUUUUGAUAUCUUGUAAUAAUAACCGUGUAAUGCUACUUCAUUAGUCCUAAGUAUAGAAAAUUUAGGCUUUGUGAUGAGUACCAAGCCACCAUCCAUGUCAACAUAUAAGUAGAGUGCACAUCGCAUGCAGCCAUUAUGGUCGUUGUUAAAGCUUUGAAAGAACCGAUCCAAACUGCAUAUAAACCCCUAACCGGGAUUCCAAUUGCAACAUAAAUUCAAUCCAUAUCUAUAAAAAAUUCUCCCUCAAGUUCACCUA